CAACCUCACAUAUUCCACAAACACAAAGUCAACCACCAAACUCCCUCAAACAUUACACAACAACCCGCCAACCCAACCCAACACCUUCAACUAAAAUGUCCACAACCUCUCCCCCCCCCUCCCCAACCCCCUCCCAAAACGAGGACCUCACACCCCUAGAACAAGACGUAUUAGAAGAAUACGAACGCCUAGCCGAGAACAUGAGAAAAGUAUUUCCCCUUCCCUCUCCCCCUCACCCCCUUCACCCUUUCCUCCUCACACCCUCACACCCUCCACCCUCACCCCCUCCCCCCAAUCCUCAUCUCCCCCCGACAACCCCUCAUCUCACAAUCCAAAAACAAACAGCAGACCCAGGACUGACAUAAAAACAAAAAGUUAGCAACCCACCUCGAAACCCUAUCCAACACCCCCACCGCCGAGAUCCUCGACGGCCUGCGACAGUUGGAGCGGAAAACGAGUUUGGUGUUUACCCUGUUGAAGGCGAGUGUGUAUAGUAUUGUUUUGCAGCAGGAGAUACAGGAUGGGGAGGGGAGUGAGGGGAGUGUGGAGGGGGAGGGGCGGUGA